AUGUCGUCGCGACGCCCCAGAGACUCUUACCGACCUCGAUCACCAUCGCCACCAAUGCGCCACUUCACCGGCGGUGAUAGCUACCGGCCGGACAACGGCCGUCGUUCUGAAGCAGAUUUCUCGUUUCGCGUGUCUGGCGCACCUCGCUUUCCACCGGAGCCUCCAACCGGGCCUGCCGCUGACCGCCGGAAACCUCAGCAGCGCCGUGGCGGCUUUCGAGGCCGCGGUGGAUUCCACAAACCCCAUAUAUCUGAACGCGACAUUCUUCGUACAAAUCGCCAGACUACGCCCGAACAGCUCGAUGGCAUGAACAGCAACAACACAGCGCGCUUCAUGGCACUGGACGACGUCUCAGACAGUGAGGCGGAGAUGGAGCUAGAAUCGAGCGAUGAAGAAGGUCUGGUAGAAGGCCGCAGCAGCAAGAAGGCUCGUACAACAGCAGCGAGUGACGGAGAUGCCGUACCGAAGUGGUCCAACCCGGAUCCUUAUACUGUUCUACCGCCGCCAGACGAAUCUCAGGCUAAGAAGAAGGAUGUCGUGAAGCUCAUUCGCAAAGCAAAAGUGGCUGCGCUGGACGAGGCGGCUGCGAGGAACGCAGUGGCUGAGAAUGCUGACUUUAUCUCAUUUAAUUUCGACGACGAGCCCAUUCACCACGACGCUAGCGAAGCCAGUGAAGACGAUGAGAGACCCACUAAUGGCACCGCUGAGCAGUCGAAGUUCAGCCACCUUGACAACCUGCAUCCUCAACGCUUUGAGCGGCCCGACACGAUAGACAUCUCCAGCCUUGAUACUGCAACCACGGCUUUGCAGAACUCAAUCACGGUUAAACUACCCCCAGUAGCUCCCCUAGACGUGUGGCCGCCGCCAGACGUGAACUCAGCUGUGGGAAUGACCAUGCCUCCCCGAGACGAUAACAACACUGCAGCAGCACCGCAGAAUUCGAAGAAGCGUAAGCGUGGUCCCCAGCUUCCCACAGGGGGAGUGAUGGCAGAUUGGCUUCCGCGUAGCAUGGAGACUGCAACUCCUUGGUGCAGCGUGGACCAUUCGAAAACUGAGAGUAUGGGUAUCUGGCUUCACAAGGAGAUCUGUGAUUUCUACGAAUUCGUCAAGCCGCAUGACUUCGAGGAGAGAAUGCGUCAGGAUCUCAUCACACGCAUAUCCCGUUCGCUCGACAAGAAUCCUACCUACCGGGGUGGUCAGGUCCGCUGCUUUGGAUCUUUCGCCGCAGGCCUCUAUCUGCCCACGUCAGACAUGGAUCUUGUCCUUGUGUCACAUGAGUUCCGCAAUAGGGGAGUUCCGAUGUUCGGCUUGACCAAAUCGUGGAUGUACAGAUUUGCGGGCAUGCUCGAACGUGAGGGCCUUGCCCAGCCCCGUACCACUGAGGUGAUACCGUCAGCAAAAGUCCCCAUCGUCAAGUUCAUCGACCGCGUCACUGGUCUAAAGGUGGACAUAUCCUUCGAGAACCUGAGUGGGGUCAGCGCCAUCGACACCUUCCGGAAGUGGAAAACCGAGUUUCCUGCAAUGCCGGUUAUUGUUGCCUUCAUCAAGCAGUUCCUCCUCAUGCGCGGCCUCAAUGAAGUCUAUCUUGGCGGCAUCGGUGGGUUUUCGGUCAUCUGUCUGGUUGUGAGCCUUAUGCAGCAUCUUCCGGCCGUGCAAAGCGGGGCCAUGGUCGGAGAGCAGAAUCUUGGUGAGCUCCUCCUGAACUUCUUCGACCUGUAUGGCAACAAGUUCAACAUCACGACCACUGGCAUCAGCAUGGAACCUCCCGGGUACUACGCAAAGAGCGCAGGCAUUCCAAACAAGACCGACCGAAUUCAGAUCAUUGAUCCCAACAAUCCAACGAACGACAUCUCCAACGGCUCUCGGCUCAUCGAUAUGGUCCUCAGGUGUUUCUCCGAAGCCUACGCCUCGAUCACCAAGCGCAUGUACCAGCUAGAGACCAUGGACAUCUCUUCACGCAAGGGCAACAGCAUCCUCGGUUCUGUGUUCGCAGGCGAUUACUCUUCUUUUCAAGAGCAGCGUAAUCGUCUGCGACGUAUAUACGCAGAACGGAGGUAA